CUAUCUCUCCUCCCUAACUUCAACACCCUUCCAGAGCAAAUGAAGGCUUUCAUCAAGGCAAUGCAUUGCAGGGAGUACCCCUUCCUUAUUAACCCACCAAGAGUGUGUGCCGGCAAAGUUAACACUGGGCCGGAGGCUCCAAUGCUCCUCAUGGCCAUCAAAUCCCAGGUGGGUAACUUGAAAACAGCAGGCCAUCCGCGAAACAUGGGGGAGAAGUGGCUGGGUGAGAGGAGAGCAGGAGGAGUAGUUGGGCUUGUUCGCACAGUCUUUCUGCUAGGUAGACAAGACCCAAUAACGGGCCCUCACCCUGACCUUGGGGGCCUUCUGAUGCUGGAGAGCCAAAAAUAUGGAGACAUCCUGCAGUGGAACUUCAAAGACACUUUCUUUAACCUGACUCUGAAAAGAUCUGCUGGUUUUUGGCAGUGGGCUUCAAACCACUGUCCAGGGACACAGUUUGUCUUCAAAGGUGAUGAUGAUGUUUUUGUUCGGACAGGCGCCCUACUGGACUACCUCCACAAGCAGGAGGAGGAGGCCGCCAUGUGGAGGACAGAUAGCAACAAAACAGAGCAGAUGGAGGACUUCAUUGUGGGGGAUGUCAUUCUAAACGCAAUGCCAAACCGGCAGCCAGACACAAAAUACUAUAUCCCAGAGAGCUUUUAAAGUGCUUACCCACCCUAUGCUGGUGGAGGAGGCGUGGUGUACUCUGGGCACAUUGCAAUGCGUCUGAGACGGGUAUCGGAGAGGGUGCGUCUGUUUCCUAUCGAUGAUGUGUUUCUGGGCAUGUGUCUCCACCGACUUGGUAUAGCCCCCAUCCAUCACCCUGGGUUUUAUACCUUUGAUCUCCCAGAAAAAGAGAGGGAGAAGUCUUGUGCUUACAGCUCUGUGCUGCUGGUUCAUAAGAGAAGCCCUAAAGAGAUGCUUCUGCUCUGGAGGCGACUGCAGACUCCACCCUCACCUUGCUAAAGCCGUCAGAACCGUCACCAGACUCUGGCCGUUAAGGCACAGCUUUAAUCCUCUUUGAGUUUGUUUUCUUACUUGUCAGAAUUAAAACAAUUUCAUAAUUAUUUAUUGAACUACUACAGCGCUUUUCAUAAAAUUGCUUAAAGAGAAGAAAACAAGCAAUGCAUCUCAACCGGUCAGCCAA